GCCGCCCCGGUUGCCAUGGCGACGCCGGCUCCCUCCGCCUGCCGUCAGUCACGGCGAGCGGGGGCUUUGCGACAGCGGCGGUAGGAGUCACGGCAGCCGGAGUUGGGCAGCGGCUCUGCCGCACCGGGCCGCGGGCGAGCCGAGCCGAGGCGGCGGCGGGGACGGGGACGGGGGCGAGGCGCCCGGGCGGCCUCCCAGCGCCGCGGCGGGCUCAGGUGUGAAAGCAAAAUGGCAGGGAAUAGCCUUGUGCUGCCCAUCGUCCUCUGGGGCCGUAAAGCUCCCACGCACUGCAUAUCAACGUUGCUGUUAAUGGAUGACGUGUCCAUGAUCGUCACGGGAUGUCACGACGGACAAAUAUGUCUCUGGGACCUCUCUGUAGAUUUAGAGAUUAAUCCCAGAGCUCUGUUGUUUGGUCAUACAGCCUCAAUUACUUGUUUAUCAAAGGCCUCUGCUUCCAGUGAAAAGCAGUAUAUAGUGAGCGCAUCAGAAAGCGGGGAGAUGUGUCUGUGGGAUGUGAAUGAUGGCAGAUGCAUAGAGUUUACUAAAUUAGCCUGUGCACAUACUGGCAUACAGUUCUACCAGUUCACUGUUGGGACUCAGCGUGAAGGGAGACUGUUAUGCCAUGGACAUUAUCCAGAAAUUCUUGUUGUGGAUGCUACCAGUCUUGAAGUUCUUUAUUCUUUAUUAUCAAAGAUAUCUCCUGACUGGAUCAGCUCCAUGAGUAUCAUUCGAUCCAAUAGAACACAAGAGGAUACUGUUGUAGCUGUUUCGGUGACUGGCAUUCUGAAAGUCUGGAUAAUAACCUCUGAAGUUAGUCGCAUGCAGGAUACUACACCAGUAUUUGAAGAGGAGUCUAAACCUAUUUAUUGUCAAAACUGUCAAAGCAUUUCUUUCUGUGCGUUUACCCAGCGGUCAUUGUUGGUAGUGUGCUCCAAAUACUGGAGGGUUUUCGAUGCUGGAGAUUAUUCCCUCUUGUGUUCAGUCCCUAGUGAGAAUGAACAGACCUGGACUGGUGGUGACUUUGUGUCAGCUGAUAAAGUGAUUGUAUGGACAGAAGAUGGGCAAAGUUUUAUAUACAAAUUACCAGCCAGUUGUCUACCAGCUAGUGAUUCAUUUCGCAGUGAUGUGGGAAAAGCAGUGGAAAAUUUAAUUCCACCUUUACUGUACAGUGUAUUGGACAGAGCAGAUAAACAGUUAUUAAUAUGUCCCCCAGUUACUCGAUUCUUCUAUGGACGUCGAGAGUUUUUCAAUAAACUCUUAAUACAAGGAGACUCUUCAGGGAGACUGUGUAUUUGGAGUGUGCCUGAUACACUUGAACAACAGGAUAGUGCAGAAGGGCUGCAAGCAACAACUUCAAUAUCCCUACAGGAAGCUUUUAAUAAACUUAGUCCUCACCCUGCUGGAAUUAUAGACCAAUUAAGCUUAAUACCAAACAUCAAUGAACCACUUAAAGUGACAGCCAGCGUGUAUAUCCCAGCGCAUGGGCGUCUGGUUUGCGGUCGUGAAGAUGGAAGCAUUGUUAUUGUGCCAGCAACACAAACUGCUAUAGUUCAGCUUCUGCAAGGAGAGCAUAUGCUUAGGAGAGGUUGGCCACCUCACCGGACUCUCCGAGGUCAUCGAAACAAAAUUACAUGUUUACUGUAUCCUCAUCAGGUUUCUUCUCGUUAUGAUCAAAGGUAUUUGAUCUCAGGUGGUGUGGAUUUCUCAGUCAUCAUAUGGGAUAUAUUUUCUGGAGAGAUGAAACAUAUCUUCUGUGUACAUGGUGGAGAAAUUACACAGCUUCUAGUUCCACCAGAAAACUGUAGUGCAAGAGUCCAGCACUGUAUUUGCUCUGUUGCCAGUGAUCACUCAGUAGGUCUUCUGAGUUUGCGGGAGAAAAAAUGUAUCAUGCUGGCAUCCCGUCACCUUUUCCCCAUCCAAGUAAUAAAAUGGAGGCCUUCAGAUGACUACCUGGUGGUGGGAUGCUCGGAUGGAUCUGUGUAUGUCUGGCAAAUGGAUACUGGUGCGCUGGACAGGUGUGUGAUGGGAAUAACAGCAGUUGAAAUCUUGAACGCUUGUGAUGAGGCAGUUCCAGCUGCUGUGGACUCCCUCAGUCAUCCAGCUGUCAACCUGAAGCAGGCCAUGACAAGACGUAGUCUGGCUGCUCUGAAAAAUAUGGCACAUCAGAAACUACAGACUCUUGCCACUAACCUUUUAGCUUCAGAAGCAUCUGACAAAGGGAAUUUACCUAAAUAUUCACAUAACUCCCUGAUGGUUCAAGCUAUAAAGACCAACUUAACAGAUCCGGAUAUACACGUGCUCUUCUUUGAUGUAGAAGCACUGAUUAUUCAGCUGCUGACGGAAGAAGCCUCUAGGCCUAAUACCGCACUUAUUUCCCCAGAGAACUUGCAGAAAGCAUCUGGCAGCUCUGACAAAGGAGGCUCUUUUCUGGCCGGGAAACGAGCAGCAGUUCUCUUCCAGCAGGUCAAGGAAACCAUCAAAGAGAAUAUAAAAGAACAUCUUCUUGAUGACGAAGAUGAGGAUGAAGAAUCAAUAAGACAGAGAAGAGAGGACAGUGACCCAGAAUAUCGCUCUAGCAAAUCUAAACCAUUAACCUUGUUAGAAUAUAACCUAACCAUGGAUACGGCAAAGCUUUUUAUGUCCUGUCUUCACGCCUGGGGCUUGAAUUCUGUUCUAGAUGAGCUUUGCCUUGAUCGUCUUGGGAUGCUUAAGCCACACUGUUCCGUGUCCUUUGGCCUGCUGUCUAGAGGAGGCCACAUGUCUCUCAUGCUUCCUGGGUAUAAUCAGUCUAUAGGUAAACCAUCAUAUGAUGGUGUGGAAUUAGGAAGAAAAAUGUCCAUUACCGAAGGACUAGGAAAGGGGACAUACGGUGUAUCACGUGCUGUCACCACUCAGCAUCUCCUGUCUGUUAUUUCACUGGCAAACACGCUGAUGAGUAUGACUAACGCAACUUUUAUUGGAGACCAUAUGAAGAAAGGUCCAACCAGGCCUCCUAGGCCAGGCACUCCUGAGAUGUCAAAAGUGAAGGCACCCCCUUCAAUUUCAAGUCAUGCAGCUCAAGGACAAAUUAAGCAAGUUGCUCCUGCUGUUUCUUCUAGCACUGAAGCUGGUCACUCUGGCUCUGACACUGCUCCUACUUUACAUACCUGUUUCUUAGUAAAUGAAGGGUGGAGCCAGCUUGCUGCCAUGCACUGCGUUAUGCUCCCUGACCUGUUAGGACUGGAUAAAUUCAGACCUCCUCUUCUGGAGAUGCUAGCUCGCAGGUGGCAGGACCGAUGCUUGGAGGUAAGAGAAGCUGCCCAGGCCUUGCUGUUAGCAGAACUGCGAAGAAUCGAACAGGCAGGUCGGAAAGAAACAAUUGAUGCGUGGGCUCCAUAUUUACCGCAGUGUAUCGACAGUGUUAUAUCACCGGGAGUGACGACAGAAGCCAUUCAGACGGGUAGCGCGAGCCCCGAUUCCCUGGGGACAGAAGCGAAAGUUCAGGAGGAAGAGCAUGACCUCGUUGAUGAUGACAUCACAGCGGGUUGUCUGUCCGGUCUCCCACAAAUGAAAAAAAUAUCUACGUCGUAUGAGGAGAGAAGGAAGCAAGCUACCGCCAUUGUCUUGCUUGGAGUGAUCGGAGCAGAAUUUGGAGCUGAAAUUGAGCCUCCAAAACUCCUGACUCGGCCACGCAGUUCUAGUCAAAUUCCCGAGGGAUUUGGUUUAACUAGUGGUGGAUCAAAUUAUUCCUUGGCAAGGCAUACGUGCAAGGCGCUGACGUUCCUGCUGCUGCAGCCGCCCAGCCCCAAGCUGCCCGCGCACAGCACCAUCCGCCGCACCGCCAUCGACCUCAUCGGCCGCGGCUUCACCGUCUGGGAGCCCUACAUGGACGUCUCCGCCGUGCUCAUGGGGCUGCUGGAGCUCUGCGCCGACGCCGAGAAGCAGCUCGCCAACAUCACAAUGGGGCUGCCGCUGAGCCCCGCGGCCGACUCGGCCCGCUCGGCGCGCCACGCGCUCUCGCUCAUCGCCACGGCCCGGCCACCCGCCUUCAUCACCACCAUCGCCAAGGAGGUGCACAGGCACACGGCCCUGGCCGCCAACACGCAGUCCCAGCAGAACAUUCACACCACCACCCUUGCCCGGGCUAAAGGAGAGAUCUUGAGAGUCAUCGAAAUAUUGAUUGAGAAGAUGCCUACCGAUGUGGUGGACCUCCUCGUGGAGGUUAUGGACAUCAUCAUGUAUUGCCUUGAAGGAUCUCUAGUUAAGAAAAAAGGUCUUCAGGAAUGCUUUCCAGCCAUCUGCAGGUUCUACAUGGUCAGCUAUUAUGAGCGGAGUCACAGGAUAGCGGUUGGAGCUCGCCAUGGUUCAGUGGCCCUCUAUGACAUCCGGACUGGGAAAUGUCAGACUAUCCACGGCCAUAAAGGACCCAUAACUGCGGUAGCUUUUGCCCCUGAUGGCCGGUACCUUGCCACGUACUCCAAUUCGGACAGUCACCUCUCCUUCUGGCAGAUGAACACCUCGCUGCUGGGCAGCAUCGGCAUGCUGAACUCGGCGCCCCAGCUCCGCUGCAUCAAGACCUACCAGGUGCCGCCGGUGCAGCCGGCCUCGCCGGGGUCCCACAACGCGCUCAAGCUGGCCCGCCUCAUCUGGACCUCCAACCGCAACGUCAUCCUCAUGGCUCACGACGGCAAGGAGCACCGCUUCAUGGUCUAGAGCCAGUCCGCCUGUGUUAGCAAUGCAUUUCGGUUUUACGGUUCCUUGCGUUCUCCGCUUUUCUUUCUCCGUGUCCUUUGAACGCCGGCUCGCCCGCAGCAGUGCCGGCCGACACCACGGCGGGAGCAGCCCGGCUGCACGUUUCUGCACGCUCUCCGGGGCAGAGCCCGGGGCACAGGGAUGCUGCCACGGGGUGGGGGGUCCUCGCGGCCGGGAGGGGGGGGGCAGAGGGCUUUGGGGAACAUUCCCGGAGACUGCGAAGCGGGUAGCACUGCGGUUGCCCUCCGUGGCGGGAUCAGCGUCUGCGGGCAUCAAACCCCAGGCUGUGAAGCUGGGCUGGAUCCAGUCCCUUCUCAUUGGAUGCUGAAUUAACAGCAGCAGCCCGAAUUACAGAUGUUGUGUUUUUGUUCGGAGAUUCCUAAAGAAUCUCAGUGUUUACCAAAAAGGUUCUAUGUUUACAUGUACUUUCUUCUAGUGACCACUGGUGACCGCUGGCUUGCGUGUCUUGGAGGUUUCCUACUGACCGGGGACCGCACUGCCUCGGGGGUCAGCAGGGGUUGAGUUUUCGGGAGCGCGUAGUCCUUGCUCCUGCCCAAAGAGGCAUGUUUGCUCAGCAAAAGCUUAAGCAAGAGCCUAAGUCCUUAGGUGAGCGGGAAGUGCUGACAUGCUCAGUCACUGUUUGCUGUAAUCUGGAAGAAAGAAUAAUAAUCCACAUGUAAAUAAAAAAAAAUCUCUUGGAGAUGGAAUAGCAAACUUGAAAAAAGGAAUAUUUAUACAUAAAGGUGUUUUUUGCUACGAAUGCAGAUAUUUAUUGAAAAAAAGACCUUUUUCUUCCAUAAGUCGUUCCCAUAUGUGCUGGAACUUGCAGGGAAAUUAGAAUCUGCCCGUCUGCCUUGGCAUGUUACUGUAGAAGUCAUCGCAGGGUCGCAGAUAUUCACAUUUUGGCUUCGCUGAAGGAUGGGAUGGUGAGGAUGCAAGCCCUCGAGGGAGAUAGGACAAGUGUCCUUGGUAUUUAGCAAUUUUGACAAGAAAAAUUAUGAAAAAAUACAUAAAAGGUAGGUCAUUCAAAUGGAUAUAUUGAAAGAUUUUUUUAAGUAGGAAUACUCCUAUGUAAUAUUUGCUGUAACUGUGUUUCCCUCUUCUUACAUAUCUAAUUUUGUGAAAUACUUAAUAGUGUGAAAAUGUUUAUGCUCACAGUAAAAAAAAAAAAAAUCCAUAAAAUACUAUUUUAUUUAAGCAUAUUGAUGUAUAUGUUUGUAUAGCUUUUUCUUUGCCGUUUUUGUCUGAAAUGCUCACAGAAGGUGGCUGUCUUUACAUGAUAAAGUAAAACCGGUACUUGCAGAAUCCUCCCUCCCCCCAAAAAGAAUAAAUGAAUUUUUAAAAUGGCUUCUAAAUAUAAAAAGCAUUGAUCUUUUUUUUCUAUUUUAAGGUGGUCUGUGUAGUACACUGUACAUGAAAGUGAGAUUUAUAGUCCAGAAGCUACAUAUCUGUUUACUGUUUAAAAAAAUAACAAAAGGUAAGAAAUUAAGACCAUUAGGAAUGUCUAACGCAAACUGCUGUAAAUUUUACUCUUUUUUAACUCUGGCCAGAAUGUAGUGUAUAGUGGAAAAAUCUGUGGUAGAAUAUCAGGGGUUUUUUAAGUGAACUAAUACAACAUGCAUGUACACUGUGUUUAUAAAGAUAUAUAUGUAACCUCCAAGAUUUAAAAAAAAAAAAAAAAAAAAAAAGCCAACAGACUCUUCAUCUGUAGAAUGAAAUACUAUACUCCUAUAUUUAAGUUAUACGCGUACGAGGAAAGCUGAAAGGUACACUUUAAACAGGCUCCCAUAGGUAUUCCAGGAUCCUAUCACUUCUGUUACAGUAUAUUUCCAAGUAUAUAUAUAUAUAGUGUGUGUGUUUACAUUCAGAAACAAAACACAGCUCCAGUGGGAACGUGACCACACGCCUCAAGUGAUUUUCUUGGUGAUAUAGUGAAAGAACAUUUUGAAUUAUAUAUACAUAAACAUGUUUGUUUUAAGCAAGCAGUAUAGUGCAUUUUUUUUUAAUUGCGAAAGAGAGGUGGUAAUUUCCUUCCCGUCCUAAGAAUUAGUUAAAUGAGGCAGAGCUAAAGCAUUAAUAAUGAAGGCUCUCUUAGGUGUGUUGGUAGAGGACCAUGAUCCCUCAAAACUCCCCAUACUGUUGCUAUUUAAAAACAAUCGAGUUCAGUCCAGACCACUUCGGAGGGCAGUCGGGCCCCCGCAGGCCAGUGCGGGGAUAGGACUGUGUGGCAAGGACAUGGCAAAAUCCUCCAUGGAAAUACCUUUCUGUUUGAGUGGUAUUUGCGCACUAGUUAACCCUCUGCUUGAGGGACUUUGUUAACCCAAGUCCUCAACUUCGUCGCAGCCUCGAUCUCCCAGCACUGCGGUAAAAUUGGUAUCGUCAUUCCAGUGUAAGCUUUUAGUGUUUUAUUGAUUUGUUAGCACUGUAUUUGGACUUGUCCUUGUAAAUGUAGAGACGUAUACGGCUUCAUUGGCAGUUUGCAAGCAAAAGAUGACAUCAUGAGACACCUGUAUGAAAAUGUUGUAAUGACUGAAGUCUCCAUGUAUGGCAAAUGGUUAAAACGUCUCCCACUCCCGAGCCGCUGUAUGUGUUAAACACCCUGGUGUAAAUAUGCGUGUGAAAUAAACCUGGACUGUAUUGAACAAUA